AACAAUGUUUUACACGCCAGUGUUGUCCAUGACGCGCUGAUUUCUGCUGUCAAAAUGUGGAUGCUAAUUUUCAUUACCACGUUGGCAAUUGGCUACUCAAGUGCUGACGAUUUGAAAGAAGCAUGCAUAAACAGGCUCACGGGUGGAGAAGAAAAAGUUAAAGUUAUAGACGUUCGUCGACCAGGAAUUUUAUACAGUCCUGGAUUUGAAAAGAAUUCUAAUUACCCAAAUAAUGUUCACUGUGCAUACCAACUUACAGCACCAGAAGGAAUGCACGUUCGAAUUCAUUUUAAUACCCUUGAUGUAGACAUCACAGAUGGUUGCGGGGGUGAUUCCGUGAGUAUCCAUGAUUUUGAUUCAAAUGACGCUAGUGUUUUAGUGAAGAUGCAUUGUGGAAACAAUUUGCCAAACGACUACGUAUCCAAUUCAUUCGCGUUCCUACUUAUAUUGAAAACUGAUGACUUUGGCGCUAAAAGAGGAUUCAAUAUCACCUAUUCUGUUCAGACAAGCAUCGAUAUAUGCGAAAAGGGACAGAAACAAUGCAGAAACAGAAACUGUGUGAGUUCCAAAUCUUUGUGCGACGGCAAGGAUAACUGCGGAGAUGGAACAGAUGAAGAAAAAUGUAACAAACCCAUAGUUUACGGAACAUGUGGCAAACCAGAAAUACAACCAGAAGGCGCUCCAGAUUUUGACAGAAUUGUCGGUGGUCGCGAAGCUGUGCCUGGAAGUUGGCCCUACAUGGCUGAGUUGCAGAUGGAUAUAAUUGAACCAAAUGGUCACGUUUGUGGUGGUACUCUGAUCAAUAGCCAGUGGGUGCUUGCAGCCGCUCAUUGUUUUAGUGAUCCACCAUUCAUGAGAGGACCACACUUUUGGCGAAUUCAUUUGGGAAAACACAGAAAAUAUUUUAAAGAUGAGUACGAACAAGUUCGACGUGCAGAGCGGAUCGUCAUUCACAACAAUAUACCUCCAAGCAAA